UGUCUUGUGGGCUGGAAGGCGCUGACUGGGUUUGGCGUUUCGGGCAAUGCAGGGGCUCGGAGACUCAGAGCUGACGCCGAGAAUCAAACUCAGGACCUUGCACUAUUUAGUCAGCAAUAAUCAUACCUCAGGACACCUGAACUAGCUCUAGCAGAAGAGAAAUGGAGGAGCCAUAGAACAUAAGGAUGAAUUCAGGAAGGCCUGAGACCAUGGAAAACUUGCCUGAUCUCUACACUAUUUUCCAGGGAGAGGUUGCUAUGGUGACAGACUAUGGAGCCUUUAUCAAAAUCCCAGGCUGUCGAAAGCAAGGUCUGGUCCAUCGAACUCACAUGUCAUCCUGUCGGGUGGAUAAGCCCUCUGAGAUAGUAGAUGUCGGAGACAAAGUGUGGGUGAAACUUAUUGGCCGAGAGAUGAAAAAUGAUAGAAUAAAAGUAUCCCUCUCCAUGAAAGUUGUCAACCAAGGGACUGGGAAAGACCUCGAUCCCAACAACGUAAUUAUUGAGCAAGAAGAAAGGAGGAGGCGGUCCUUCCAGGAUUACACUGGGCAGAAGAUCACCCUUGAGGCUGUCCUUAACACCACCUGCAAGAAGUGUGGCUGUAAAGGCCACUUUGCAAAGGAUUGUUUCAUGCAGCCAGGUGGGACCAAAUAUUCUCUGAUACCCGAUGAGGAAGAGGAGAAAGAAGAGGCAAAGUCAACUGAAUUCGAGAGGCCUGACCCCACCAGGAAUUCAUCCAGAAAAAGAAAGAAAGAAAAGAAGAAAAAGAAACAUAGAGACAGGAAGUCAUCUGACUCUGACAGCUCAGACUCUGAGAGUGAUACAGGCAAAAGGGCAAGGCACUCAUCAAAAGACAGCAAGGCAGCCAAGAAGAAGAAAAAGAAAAAGAAGCAUAAGAAGAAACACAAGGAGUGAGAGGAGAAGAGAGUGGGGGUGGGGUGGGUGAGAGAAGGUGGGUCCAGGAGCUUUGUGCCUUAAAGCCCUGGCCCCUGGAAAGCUUGGUAGUGAGAUGGGGCCCCACCCCAGUGACUUCGCUCCUGCGGGAGAUGGCCUCCCCCAGCAGCAGGCAGG